UCUGUCAUAUAAAUGUCACUUCCAUCACUCACGAAAAAAUCGAAUAAAAAUUUUGUUUUUGUUUAUAAAAAAAUAAAAAACUUUUUUAAAAUCUAAACUUGUUUAAAAUAAAUUAUCAAUCCUGCAGGACUCAAGCAUGUUAGACGGUUGGUAUUGCCGUAGUUUGGCAAACGAGCAGGCAGCUUCAUCACAAAAUCAAGAUGAAGAAAUCGACCCCAACGAUGGGGAGUCCGGUUCGGAAGAAAGCCAAGACGAGGGACAAGAUAAUUUCAAUAAUCCCGUCGAUUAUAAAACACAAUCACGCUAUUUGAAAAGAAAAUUAAAAUUUCUAAUUUAUGAAAAUGAAUUCUUCCAAGAUGCUCUUCGUUCGAGUCAACGUCGUUUGUUAAAAGUUUCACGUGAUAGAUCAUUUCUGUUGGAUCGUCUUUUGCAAUAUGAAAAACCAGAAAUAACAUCAUCAGAAAGUGAAGAAACUGAAUCUUCAGAUGACGAAGCAAAAGAAGCAAAAAAACGCAAAGCUGCUGAAGGUGCCCCAGCAACUGGGCCAGGUUCAGGCCGUGGACGAAAGAAAAAAGCUACUCAGAAAACAAAAACAGAAACACCCAAAAAUAAUGCUAGCAAUCAACCCGAAGGCCACAUGACCGCCGAAGAAGUUGAAAGACAUUUACAGUCGAGGCAGUCCUUGGCAGAGUUGGUUCCCGAAAGAGCUCCACCAACCGUUCCAACUGAAAUGUUUAGCAAUGAACCAUCAUUGGAUAGUGAAUCUAAUGACCAGAUGAUUGAGACUUCACCCAGUAAUAUUGGAGAAGAAUGUCUUAGUGUGGAAUAUAAUAAUUGAACUCCUUAAAACUUACUUUAAGUUUGUUAAAUAAAAAUAAACAUUGAAUUUAAUCUCGAACAAA